GUCAAUAUCACCAUGGCAACGCGCAAUAAUACCAAACACUGCAGGUUCGAGCAACGAAAGCGCAACAAACGCAGCAAGAACAGUUCUAUGUUGAAACUACCCGAUUUGUGGCAGCUGCUUAGGAACAUAGUUUUUUUUUUCAAACACAAUUAAUUGGGAAUCAAGCAGAAAUGAAUUUGGCAAAGCUACACCAUUGCCACAGUGCGCUAUUCACAAGUGUGUGUGUUCUCCUUACAACGGGUAACCCUUUUGGCGGUAUGGCAACUGGACGCAUGCAUUCAGCUCAAAAUGCAAGUGCAUAUUGGCCAAGUUUAGAAAUAAUAUUCUUUUUCAAACAUAUUGUAGCGAGGGGCAAGGGAGCAUGCGCUGCAAGCCGUGUUUACUCUGUAUAUAAUUGAGCUUAAACCUGCUGAAGCGUUAAGUCCGUCUCACUCAAAUUCAAUUUAGUUGGUUAACAUAGGGUGAAGUGUAAUGAAAGCAAGCCGUACAACAGUUAAAAUUCUGCUCCCGCUUAAAGCGUAUCACAGUGUGUACACGAUCCGUUAGUUGGAAAGCGAACUGAAGGUAAUUAUUUGGUUUUCAGGGAUUACGAAAAUUCUGAACUGAUUUUCAUCAGUUCAGUGAAACAAAUGAGCUGGGAAUUUCGAGAUAAAGGAUUGAUACUCGCUAACAGAAGAACCGUUGUAAUGCCCCGUCUUCUUUUGGCCUGCAUACUUAUCAUAUAUCCUGUGGCUGUAUACACUCAAGGAUCUACUUCAACGGCUGGCUUGUUGAGAAUCACAAAACCCACGCCUAGAACUAUAAACAAUGGCGCCUCCAUAAGGCUGGCACCUACCAGCACCACACCACUGCCCAGCACAGCGCCUACAGUUGCGAACCCAUCGACUCCGGGCAUAUCCGAGAUCUGUAUUCAUGGCUUGAGCUUAGUGUCCGGUGAUAAGGAUGAGGCGCAAAGUGUGAAACACGAACGUGAUUUUGUACAUGUCAUAGAAGGUGAUGUGAUGCUCAGCGUACUGACUACGGACGCAGCCUCAGCACUUUUUCUCAUCAACCGUAUUAACAAGGUGAAUCUUUUGGGUGCAGAUUUUGAAAUUGGUGUUCGCGCUAUUUUCGUCGAAGAUGAAAGCGUCGCCGAAAAUCUGCUCAUGCAAGAGGUGCAAUAUCUGCAACAGUGCAUAACUCAAGCCAUCGGAAUAUUCGUCGACUAUGACAUUUAUCAGAAUUCGGAGCAGUUUAUCAAGGACUUGGAGUACAACAUUUGGCCAAUAUUGUCGCCUCGCAUAUAUCUAUUUCCGAAAGUGGCCCAUCUGUUGCACCAAAUGCCAUGGUCGGAAAACAUAGCAUCCGUGGAAAUUUUUACGGAGAACUUAGAUAUCUAUAACGAAUUUAUUGAGGCUGUGCGACACGAGCGCAUGUGUCUCAUGCAUUUUAAGAGCAACAAGAACAUCUACAUUCUGUUUGGCGAUAAAAUGACCCAUCACUUUGAGGAAAACGGUACUAUUUUCGCUGUUUCCACCGAUCGCACUGAUCGAACUCUUAUAACAGAUCUACCAGAUAAAUCAUACAUACUUAUGGAAAGCGAAAUAGAUGCCGACGCAAUGGAAGGCAAUUCCACAACAUCCGCAGCAGAGGAAACUAUAUCGGGCAAAUCAGUUCAACCGUCACGUGUUUUCGCUCUAGCACGACCCCUGCUGGAGCUUAUGCGUUGGCUCAAGGGUUCACUGAUGCGCAACUGCAGAACAGAGCAAAAUAUUUUCCUAUUCGAGUCAUGCUCGGAUUUCCUCAAAUUCAUUGCCGACUGGCAGACGCCAGAGUACCGACUAUAUUACGAACCCUCGAAAAUUUUAGAGUUGCUGCACUUGCAUAGAUUCGCCUCACACAUGAACUUCCAAAUGUUUCAAAAGCUCAAUCGCCACACUCAGGGAAAGACAAGCAUGAUAUCUGCAGCAGAUCAGGUAGAUCUUUUGGAGAUUGCCUCACAAAACAUGGUUACCAACAUAACCACUUUUUAUCAUUACAAUAAAGCGAACAAUACAAGUGUGGAGCUGAAACCGAAGUUCGGCCAGGUCUUCAACUGCCAAUAUAGUGCCGGCGAUAAUGCGCGAUAUCCAUUUCUCUUUGAUGGGGAAUCCGUGAUGUUUUGGCGCAUUAAGCCCGAUGCAUGGGUGGCCACUGGCAUGACCGCCGCCAUACUUGGCCUCAUAAUUACCUUAGCUAUUCUGGUAUUUAUUGUUGUGCGCAUAUCCUUGGGUGACGUUUUCGAAGGCAAUCCCGUAACCUCGAUUUUAUUGCUGCUUUCUCUGAUUCUCUUAUUCACUUCAUUUGUACCCUUCUCUUUGGAGUACAUAGGCGAGCAUCCGAACUCGCACGUGACAUUCGAAGAUGCCGCCACUCUAAAUACGCUGUGCGCCGUGCGCGUUUUUAUCAUGACGCUGGUCUACUGUUUGACUUUCUCCCUGUUGCUGUGUCGGUCUGUUAUGCUCGCUUCCAUCGGUUCUGAGGGCGGUUUUUUAUCCCAUGUUAACGGCUAUAUUCAAGCGGUAAUUUGCAUUUUGAGCAUCUUCGUACAGCUGGGUAUGUCCAUACAGCUGAUGGUAAUUAUGCAUGUUGCGAGUGAGAGUAUUUCCUGCGAGAACAUGUACUACGGACACUGGCUGUGGGUAUUGGUUGGCUACGAUUUCAUAUUGCUGCUGGGUAUUGUCUGCUUGGUACCGUUUAUAUAUCGCUCGCAGCGGAACUACCGCGAAGGUAUUCUAAUUGUCAUUGGGGCCGUGCUUACAUUUGUUAUUUGGAUCGUUUGGAUCGCAAUGUCUUUCUUCGGUGAUGAGAUGCGCGAUGCAGCAAUUGCCUUGGGUCUACAGGCCACUGGUUGGGCUAUACUGGUUGGUGUGCUUAUUCCGCGCACCUUCCUUAUAGUUCGUGGCAUUGAGCGCUCGGACAUUGCUCAAGCGCUACCUUCGCUCACAUCACUGGCCUUUGCGCAGAACAACCAGUACUCUUCCGAGCAGAGCGUUUAUGAGUGUGUCAACCCAGCUAUGCGCAGCUGUUCGCAAGCGGAAAUUGCUCAAUCUCCAAGUGAAAUUCCGACUCUUCCACUCCGAGGCGGCGGCCCGCGUCGACAACAGUUCUUUGCCAACUUGCGCCAAGCCAACGCCAAUAUAAAUCCUCAACGACCACCACCGCGUCCACAACGGGGCAGCCCGGCACGUUCUGAGUGCUCCUCUCUGCCGGACUCACCAGAGAGCAGUAAAAUAACACGAUUUUAAAAGUGUACAAUUCCAAAGUAGAUUUUUCAUAACAUCAAAAGCUAAGAAAGUAUUUUUAUCGCGCUCCAUUGAUUUGUAUCUAGUCAUUGUCUUUUGAAGACUGUCAUUUUUAAUAUUAAAUAAUAAGUAACUUAAAAUUUUCGAAACGUACUA